AUGGCCGCCGUCAAACCCGCCGUCGUGCUCGUCCACGGCGCCUGGCACACCCCGCCCAACUACCGUCGCUACAUCGACGCCCUGAUGAACCAGGGAUUCCCCGUCCACUGCCCCGCGCUCCCCUCCUGCAGCGCUACCCGACCGCCACCCGCCAGCUAUGAGGACGAUGUGGCUGCCGUCCGCCGCACCGUGCAGUCCCUCGUCAUGGCCAGCCAGAAGGUCAUCAUGCUCAUGCACUCCUACGGGGGGGCAAUCGGCACCGACGCUAUUAGGGAGCUGACGGUGCCUGAGCGUCGCGCGAAGAACCUCCCCGGCGGUGUUAUCCACCUGACGUACCUGUGCGCCUAUAUCCUGCGGCCUGGCAACACCAUACUCAGCGUCGUCCAGGAAUCCGGUAUGAUGCACCUGUGGCCGCAGUUUGUCGAGAACGCCGACGAUGGCUCCACGUUCCCAGUUGACCCAGUGUUGUUGUUCCUGGGUGGCGUCGAGAAGAGCCUGAUCGACGAGGCUCUACCGCAUCUUGUGCGCUCCCCGCAGUCGGCCUUUACCACCCCGACUUCUGGGGAUGCAUGGCGGGUAAUUCCUGCUACGUAUGUCCUGACGCAGGAGGAUUACUCGGUGCCGAGGGUGUAUCAGGAUUUGAUGGUUAAGAAGGUUAAGGAUAACGGUAUACAGAUGCGGUUGUUAGAUUAUAAGUCGUGUCAUAGUAUAUUUUUGACGAUGCAGGAGGAGAUGGUGAAGCUGGUGCAGGAGUGCGCAGACGAUGAGCGCAAUCCUCAUCCUUUGUAG